ACAUUUGGUAAACAUAUGACUCGUGUUUACAGAAGACUUUUGUUGAAGACUUGAUCCAAUCGUUUGCAUUGAAUUGAUGUCCAAAUCAGUGAACGGCUUUUCGGCGACGGUUCGGGCCGUCAACUCACUCAACAAAUCCAAGAAAUUCGUGUCCAACAGAUCCGCCAUUGUUUUGACCUCUGCGGCCAUCAAUCGCAUCAAAGAGCUAACGGCCGGUAAAGAUGAUGUCAUCGGACUGAGGAUUGGUGUCAAACAAAGAGGUUGUAAUGGAUUGAGUUAUUCACUCGAAUACGCAAAGGAGAGGCUGAAGAUGGAUGAAGAGGUGCUUCAGGAGGGUGUUCGUGUGUUGAUUGACUCGAAGGCACAGUUGUCUCUAUUGGGCACUGAAAUGGAUUUCAUCGAAACAAAGCUCUCUUCAGAGUUUGUCUUCAAUAACCCGAAUGUGAAGGGAAUGUGCGGUUGCGGUGAGUCCUUCACCAUCUGAUCCAACACUCCCUUCGCAGACAACUGUUUGUAUUAUUUGUAGAUAUUUUGUAACAAAAGUUAUAAAAACUUUAGGUUUUAAUUACAAAUAAAUGAAUAAAUGAUUUAAAUGUAAACUAA